AUGAUCUUUGUCGCCCGUCAAAUACAGGAGAAGUGCCAGGAUAUGCGGACCCACCUGUACUCUACCUUCGUGGACCUGACGAAAGCCUUCGACACGGUGAUUCGUGAAGGACUGUGGAAGAUCAUGCAGAAAUUCGGCUGUCCGGAGAGAUUCAUUCAGAUAGUUCGUCAGCUCCACGACGGCAUGAUGACGCGAGUCACGGACAACGGAGCUGUCUCAGAGGCAUUCGCAGUGACCAACGGCGUGACGCGGGGAUGCAUCCUGACGCCCAUCCUCUUCAGUCUUAUGUUCUCUGCCAUGAUGAUGGACGCUUACCGUGAUGAACGUCCAGGGAUCCGCAUCGCCUACAGAACGGACGGUCACCUUCUGAAUCAACGGCGGAUGCACUUCCAAUCGCGCGUAUCCACAACCACCGUUCACGAACUUCCCCUCGCCGACGACUGCGCCCUGAACACCACCUCGUAAGAGGACAUGCAACGGAGCAUGGACCUGUUCUCAGCCGCCUGCGAGAACUUCGGUCUGGUCAUUAACACACAGAAGACGGUGGUGAUGCACCAACCGCCACCCCACUCAGUCACAGCCCCCAACGCGCCGCCGCAAAUCAGCGUGAACGGAACCCAAAUGCAAGUGGUGGAGAACUUCCCGUUCCUGAGUAGUACCCUCCCGCCAGUAGGGCGGAAUUGACGGCCGUCCCGACUCACCCACCACGUCCAGCCCCACACUCACUUCAACGCCCUGUGCGCCCAUCACCAUCACCACCACCGCCGCCGCCGCCGCCGCCGCCGCCACCACCACCACCACCACUACCACCACCACCGACUCCUCCGAAGCCGACACCGACGGCUUCUCAUUCCCAUACUGUCUCAGCACAUUCAUCUCUCACAUUGGCCUGGUCGGUCACUUGCGAAUCCAUCGCACAGAGACUGGCGAACCAGUGCCUGGGGCACCAGCCUACACCCACCGCACUCGCCUCCACUGCCCUCACACCUUCACGAAUCGCAUGGGCCUAUUCGGCCAAAUGCACAUCCACGAGAGCGGAAUUGACCGCAACACCGACACACCCACGACACCCAGCACAUCCACCACGCCCAGUCCCACCCUCGCUCCAUCGCCCUGCGCGCCAAGCACCAUCACCGCCUCCUCCGUAGCUGACACUGACACCGCCGAAAUCAUCUGCCCAAACUGUUCACGCACAUUCGCCUCACGCAUCGGCCUGGUCGGUCACUUGAGAAUCCGUCGCACAGAGACUGGCGAACCAGUGCCUGGAGCACCAACCUAUACCUACCACGCUCGACUCAGCUGCCCACACUGCCCUCGCACCUUCAGGCAUCGCAUGGGCCUAUUCGGCCACAUGCACAUCCACGAGAGCGGAAUUGACCGCAACUCCGACACACCCACGACACCGAGCACAUCCACCACGCCCAGUCACACGCUCGCUCCACCCGUCUGCGCCACCACCACCGCCGCCUCUGUCGCUGACACUGACGCCGCCGACUUCUCAUGCCAACACUGUCCACGCACAUUCACCUCACGCAUCGGCCUGGUCGGUCACUUGCGAAUCCAUCGCACAGAGACUGGCGAACCAGUGCCUGGAGAACCAACCUAUACCCACCAAGCUCGUCUCAACUGCCCACACUGCCCUCGCACCUUCAGACAUCGCAUGGGCUUAUUCGGCCACAUGCGCAUCCACAACGACCUGCGGUAG